AUGUAUCGAAAUUCUCAUCUGCAGCCAACAUUUGGGCUGUUUAUAGUGGUUUUCUCAUAUACUAAAAUAUUGUGCAUUUGGUCCUGCUACCUAGACUACAGAAGAUUUCUUACAGCACCCGGUAGUCUUCUUGAUGCUCUAGAACAGCACUUGGCUUCUUUAGAAGGGAAGAAAGUUAAGGAGUCUACAGCUGCAAGCAGGGCUAGCACUCUUUCAAAUGCAGUUUCAUCUUUUGCAAAUACAGGGAUGUCUCUCACCAAAGUUGAUGAAAGGGAAAAACAGGCAGCUUUAGAUGAAGAACAGGCGCGAUUAAAAGCUUUAAAGGAUCAGCGAUUGAAAGAAUUAUCAAAAAAAUCUCAGUCUAGUCCAGCGACAACAGCAGCUUCUCCUGUGUCUACUUCAGCUGGAAGUAUAAACGGUACACCAGCCAUAGAUCUCUUUUCAACUCCCAAUUCUUCAAAUAGUACAUCUAAGCUUCCAAGUGAUCUCCUUGAUUUGCAACCAACAUUUCAGACAUCGCUGCAUUCUUCAUCUACCACACCACCAGUAGCAAGUACGUGGGGAGUGCCUUUCUCUUCUGUCGAUGCUGUUGAUGGUGUCAUUCCAAAUCUAAAUCCUUUCCUCACAAAACCUGUUGAUGCUGUUCCUCUGCCUGUUGUCUCCUCUGAUACAGUCCUUUACACAGCUGGGAUGCCUAGUCAUGAAAUAUUUGGUGGGUUCAGUUCUUCAUUAGCUGGUCAGUCACAGACCUCAUCAGGCCUUAAUGUUGACUUUGAUACUGUUUUUGGGAACAAGUCUCCUCCUCUUGCAAAUAGCGUUGUGGAUUCUAAUGAUUUUCAUUUAGGUGGAAUUUUAAAACCAACUAUUACCUCUCAAAACCACAGUCAGAAUGCAUCAGUUUAUCAGCCUAAUAAGUUGGUAUCAGAUGACCUUGAUUCAUCUUUAGCCAAUCUUGUAGGAAAUUUGGGCAUUGGAAAUGGAACCACAAAAAAUGAUAUUCACUGGAGUCAUGCAGGAGAAAAAAAAUUAACUGGAGGAUCUAAUUGGCAACCAAAGAGUACUCCUUCUACAACAUGGAAUCCCCCUGUUCUGAAUGGCAUGCAUUUUCCACAAUACACACCCCCAGUAAUGGCAUACCCUGCUACAACGCCAACAGGAGUCAUGGGCUAUGGAAUGCAUCCUCAAAUGGGAAGUAUUCCUGUUAUGGCACAGCCAACAGUGAUGUACACGCAACCUGUAAUGAGAUCACCGAACCCAUUUGGACCAGUACCAGGAGCACAGAUGCAGUUCAUGUAAUGCCAUGAAGUGUGAGAAAUUGGAUCAGCUCUGGAAAGAUGACCUAAGCAGCAAAUUCUUAUACUCCAAGCAAAAUUCUCUUUGCUUAAAACUCCUAUUCUUCCAUUACAACACUAACGUAAAUCAGGCUUGAAGGAGGGAAAGGGUAGAGUUACAGGCCUAGGGGCUAUAUGCUACAGUGUCAAGAAAAUGCCAUCCUUAUGAAGGCCAAGAUCAGUCGGAAUCUCUUCUUGAAUGCUUCCCUCAGCUGAUGCUAUAACUCAAUUUGUAAACAUAAACACAAAUAAUAUCUUUGUGGAGAACAAAGGAUGCUGGAAGAGUUUAUCAGAUUCGAAAUUGGCAACUGAUUGGAGAUGGUGUAUACCUCACCUUUGACACCUGCAGAGGAUAAAUGCAAUCUUGUUUAUCAGUCCUGCACUAAUUAUUUCAACCCUCGCAGAACAGAAAUUCUAACUACAAUUAAUUGUUUUUAAUCAGUGUAUUUGGUUUGAAAUAGACAUUCCUUGUGCAUUAUUGUUUAUAUUUAUUUAUGAUUGCUAGCUAAAUAAUGUAAUAUGUCAGAACACCUCACAGAUUAGGAACAGGUAUACACAGUAUGUUUGGGAAUACGUGUGCACAGUGUAUUUGAUCAUGUCAAGAAAGACUGGCUGAUAAUGCUGUUAAACUCACAUACAACACACUAUAUACAAGUCCUCUUUAAUUAUACUAAGGAAAAAUUAUUUGUUCUAGGACAGAUUCUCAAAGUGAAUUUAUACUGGGAAUUGGGAAAGAGUUAUUGAAUAUAUUAAUCUGUGUAGUCAAUUCUGUACCUAAAAGUUUGCAGGGUAACAGUUAACUGACGAGAAAAGCACUACAUUUGUAAUCAAUGUUCUAUUGCAUUGGGAAGAGACUUUAUUGCUUUAUGCUUGGCAUGUCCUUUUACAUUUGACAUUUUAAGGCCUUUCCAAAAUGAAUGUGAUGAACUGCUUUCAUUUUAAUGACUUUCCUUCUGCACAUUAGAUUUCAAGGCUGUAGUAGAACAGAAAAGGUGAAAGGUUAUUUAGGUGUCUUCUGUCUUCUUCACCAAGCUCCCUGAAGAACUUUAUGUAAAACUAGAAAUGUUUAGAAUGCAACUGUGCAAUAAAGAGCCCCAUUGAAGAUCAGUCUAUUGGCACUGUUGAUCGGUGCUUUAUGUAAAUACAAGAAAAAAUGUGCUUAUUUUGAGAAGUGAUUUGAUGGGGCAAGGCAAAGGGACAGCCAUGCUAAUGGAUGCAGUUCUGUAAUGAAUUCAGCAUAUUUGCUGCAUUGUCUUUGCAGAUUCUAUUUUUGUUUAAAAAAGAUAAAAGUAUGUUACCAGAAUUGGGUGGAUUUUCAAAUAAAGUGCCGCUUCCACUGAAA